CACUCUCUUCCUGGUUGGACUUUGCUAGUGGGAGAGAGACUAGAGAGAGAGAGAGAUAGUGAUUUCCAGAGGAGGGGAAGACAACAAAGUUAAAAAAGAGGGGCCUUUUUUCAUUUUCAGGAGACCUCUCCCCUUCCUUGCUUUCUAAUUCUCUCUGUUUUUUAACAUCUUUGACUCUCUCUCUCUUCUGGGUUUCUGAUAAAGUUGCAAGCUUUCUCCUCUUCCUGCACUCCUCAACUGGGAUUCUCCUCCUUUUCUCUCUUCCAGGAAGUGAGCUCAUGGUGCAGAGGAGAAUAGCUUGUGCUGUUUAGGGUUUAUUUAGGUUGAGAAUGAGAAAAGAAGUGCAGAUUGAUGAUUUAGCCUUAUUCUGUAGUUGAUAAUUCUUGGAAGGACUGAAGGUUGGCUAUCUGCAGUUGUAGAUAUUGUCUGGUGAGGGCUUUGAAAUUUGGAGAUGCAUAAAAAUUUUGAGGGUAAUCCCUUUACGAAAGGGAAAGGCCCGAAAGAUGGAGGCGUGAUCCAUGCUAAAGGCGAUUGUAACAAUAAUCCAAGACCGCAUAGUUUUGUUAAUCUGAGUUCUGGGAACUGUGCUGGGAAGAACUCUAGUUCAGCAUCUACUAUUAGCAAUGAGAACGUAUCUUCGGGUGCUAUCUUCAAUGGGAAUUCAAAGAAUACCGAGAAUUCCAUGCAAUCUUCGGAUGGGGUCGACGUUUCUGCAAAGAGUGAAGUCGAUACUUGGAGGGCGCCCGGGAAGCUGACGUACACUGGUGAGGAUGAAAUUCACGAUGCAUCACAGAGAACUGAAUCUUCGUGUUCUAACUCGUAUUUCAUUCAUCCGGUUUGUUCUUCAAAUGACAACUUCCAGGAAACGUCGAUGGAAACCAAGUCGUCUGUGCCUAAUGGUUGUUCGAGUGCUAUACCAGCCGGUGCUGAAUGUAUCACAGAAGCGGGAACUGUUGUUUCAGUUACAACCGCUCAAUUCACUCGUCACACUCGAGAUAAGGAAGAAUAUUGUGAUAAGCUGGAUCAUUCUUUGCUGCCACCUAAGAAAGGCACGAAAGAAAUUGAAGAAAUGCUCGAUGAUUAUAGGGGUUUGACCGGAAGGAAAUGCUCGUGUUCCAUGAACCGAGACAUGAUAUGUGGAGGUACCGACUGUUCUGCCAGUCAAAAUAAAACGAAAGCCUCCAUUGAAACAAAAGGGGACAAUCAGGCUUGCAAUAAACGAGACAGCUCUCGUAGUUUAUGUUCGAAAGAAGAUUUGCAUCCCGAAUCAGCAUCAGAAGAUAGAAACGUUUUGGCUGCAGAGAAGCAAUCCCGAAUGAUGAAGCAUGAAUAUGUUGCUGUUGAGGAAGAGAAUGAACUCGUGAAUAGAUUUGAUCUAAACGAAGAUAUCCCGAGAAGUGCACUAAACAAUCAUAAACAGUCGGUCUCUGAAGCUGUAUCGUCCUCAAACGUGGUACGCCCGAUGGCUAAAUUGGGGGUACCUUUAUGCUUACCUAUGUCCACACAGAAAUUCGGAGGCGAGCUAGGUUGGAGGGGUACUGCUGCCACAAGUGCUUUUUGUCUCGUUUCUUCCCCCAAGGACGAUAACGCCUUUUCUGCAGUAAAGACUGACCACAGUUCCCGAGAUUCAAGAGGUGGUUCCACUGUAAUCGACCUUAAUCUCACUGCAGAAGAAGAUUGUCCAGCAAUCGGGUUUCCAUGGGCAAACGAGAAAAAACCCAAACAUUCUUCCUAUAGUGAUUCAAAGCCGGAAGAAAAGUUUAGCUUUGACCUUAAUGCUCCCGGUGACAAUGCUGAUGAUUGUCCUCAAUCUUCUUUUCCAGUAAAUUUCACCAAGAAUGCUUCAAUAAUGGACUUGAACUUGAACGAUGAUCCCUCCACUCGAGAAGCGUGUGGUGAUCAUCUCCGGUCACAGAGAAACCAACCAUUUGGAAUAAAAACACCCGAACAGGCAGCUGUUCCAAGCCUUCCAACCAAACGACAUCCCCGAGAACAUCUUAACAUUCUCGGACCCGUUUACAGGGGAGAUUUGAGUCAUAUGCAGGUUUUUAACCACACUCGUGGCCAACCCGUCUUGGUGGCUGCACCUAAUCUGCUCCAGCCCGUGGAACGCCUCCAUAGAUUUGUUCCGUUGCAGCCACAGCUAUCACCGUACACAAUGCAGGCCGUGCCAUCUUACUGCUACCCCUCUAACGGUUCAUUCUUCAUCGCCCAAGCCGAUUCACUUCCCGCCCACAAUCUUUGCUACGGUGCAUUACCACCCACCCGAAACCCUCAUGGCAACGCUGUUUUCCCUCAAGUAGUGAAUGCUGGUGGAGUUCCAAACUUUCCCGGGGCACCAUAUCUGUUAGGCCCUGUGCCCCGUGGGCAAACCCCAAGCGGUGGUGCUGAGCUUCAGCCAAGAUACGAGGUAAAUAGCGGUGAUUUUUCUUCGAUGAAUGGAAGCUGGAAGGAGAACACCACGAGGCAGCUCUUAAUCCCUAGCCAGAAUACAGAACUGAAAUUUUCACAGCAAGCAAUUACACCCACAAAGAGGAGAGAACCAGAGGGUGGAUGGGAGGCUUACCAGCUUGGCUUAAAGCACACACCAUCAUCUCAUUAAGUAUUUUUUUUUUUCUCUGAUCAUAACUAAGAACUGCUGAAAAUUCAUUCUUCGCCCCGAUGUAACGGGGUUUUGAAUGGGUUCUCAUUGAGUUACACACAACCUCUGAAUUGCCCUGGUUUUUCUAAGGGGGCACACAUGAAAUAGGGUAUCCUCUAUAUUAACAGGCUACAUUGUCUUCUGAAUCCUGUUGGUGCCAUUGUACAUAUUGGUUUUACAUGAAAGUGAUAUAUUGAGGCCACCAUUAUCUUUAUUGUUGUUAA